GGACAAAGAAAUAUGUGGAAGCGAAAGUGUUUGAUAUAAAAUGAUGUAUAUUUCCAUCGGAGAAAGCAGAUGGCCACUCCUCUGCCAUUCUAUCUCUGCACUUUUCGCUCCCAACACCACCUUCUUCUUCCCAAACCCAAAUCCUUCACUGCUAUACCCUUCUCUGCCUCUAGCUCCAGGGCAACCUCCUUUACCACCCUCAGUUUCUCCAAGAUGGAAAGGAACGAAAUCACGGAGGAAGUAACCGAGAAAGCUGAAGAAGCCAAUGUAACUGGAAAGAAGAAAAUUUUUGUGGCCGGCGCUACAGGAAGUACUGGUAAGAAAAUUGUUGAGCAGCUGCUGGCUAAAGGUUAUUCAGUUAAAGCCGGGGUCCGUGACAUAAACAAGGCAAAAACUACGCUUUCCAAUGGCAACCCGGCUCUUCAAAUUGUAAAAGCAGAUGUAACAGAGGGUUCUACAAAGCUAGCAGAAGCUAUAGGCGAUGAUUCAGAAGCUGUAAUUUGUGCUACAGGGUUCCGUCCUGGAUGGGAUUUGUUUGCUCCAUGGAAGGUGGAUAAUUUUGGCACAGUAAACCUUGUGGAAGCAUGUCGUAGACUAGGUGUGAACAGAUUUGUUCUCAUCAGUUCCAUUUUAGUUAAUGGAGCUGCAAUGGGGCAGAUACUUAAUCCGGCUUACAUCUUUCUUAAUGUUUUUGGACUCACCUUAGUAGCUAAGCUUCAGGCAGAAAAAUAUAUAAGAAAAUCCGGAAUAAACUACACAAUAGUGAGGCCUGGCGGGUUGAGAAAUGAGCCUCCAUCAGGAAAUGUUGUCAUGGAGGCAGAGGACACUCUUUAUGAAGGCACCAUAUCCAGAGAUCAAGUUGCAGAAGUAGCUGUUGAGGCACUGGUCCAUCCUGAAGCAUCUUACAAAGUCGUGGAGAUCAUAGCACGAGCUGAUGCUCCCAAGCGUUCAUACCAGGAGCUUUUUGCUUCCGUAAAGCAACGGGUUCACACCCUCUCUCCCCCCUGGCCUCAAGGUUUUGCUCACAAAACGCGUCCUGAAGGGAGAGGUAUCCACAGCCUUAUAAAGACCGCUUCGUGCCCCUCUCCAACCGAUGUGGGAUGUUACAAUCCUCCCCUCUUGGGGCCCAGCGUCCUCGCUGGCACACCGAUCCGGGUACUGGCUCUGAUACCACUGUAACAGCCCAGACCACCCGCAUCAGGAUAUUGUCCUCUUUGGCCCAGGGUUCACACCCUCUCUCCCCCCUGGCCUCAAGGUUUUGCUCACAAAACGCGUCCUGAAGGGAGAGGUAUCCACAGCCUUAUAAAGACCGCUUCGUGCCCCUCUCCAACCGAUGUGGGAUGUUACAAUCCUCCCCUCUUGGGGCCCAGCGUCCUCGCUUAACUCUUUAAACUAGUUUGACAACACAUUAUCAUGGAAAGAAAUGAAUUCAUAAAGAUUGAUGACUGUCUUGUUGUUGCAAAACCCGUUUUUGCAUUCGUAUUCUAAUUACGGCAAGUUUGUGUUUAAUCUGUGUUAUAAUGGUCUUCAUAAGCAGCCACAUUCAAGUUGAUUUUUUGAAAUCCAAAUAAUGGGGUCGCGUGAAUCUAAAGGAUUAGUAAA